AUGACCAAGUUGCAUCUGGGCGGUGAGGCCAAGUCGGAAACGAAGGUCGCAUCCGCUCGGCACUUCAUCACCACCUUUUUCGCGGUCCCUGCCUACAACUCGCUCAAUAACCUCCUACUACAUAUCACAAUGGCUUCCGGCUAUGGCAACAACGGCGGCCCCGGCCGCUGCUACGCCUUCUGGCAAGAGGUUCUUGGUUGCUACGUUGUGAACUCUGGCGAGGGUGAGAACGGCAAGAAGAAGUGUGUGCCCGCCCUGGAAGAUUACCACGAGUGCCUUCACCACCGCAAAGAGGCUCUCCGCACCAUGAAGAUGCAAGCUGCCUACCGCAAGGCCGAGGCCGCACACCCCCGGGAGAACGCCCCCAAGGCGGAGCAAAUUCGAAGCCUGGGUCUACUUGGGAAGGAAGAACAGGCAGCUAAUGUGCUGGCCCAACGGUGA